AUGAAGCCGAGGCCGGAGCGGACGCGGGCUCGGAGCGGCGCCGAAGGAAGACCCGGGAGGCGGGCUGGGGGCGCCGCUGGUGACGCCGGAGCAGAGGGUGGCGGAGCAACUGGACGAGCCGGGAGCUGCACGGGAGGCGGCGCCGUAGGCCGGGAGGGGGCGCCGAGGAGGCGCUGCAGCAGAGCCGGGACGGGAGGCAGCGCCGCAGGCCGGGAGGCGGUCGGUGGCGCAGGAGCCGGAGCGGCGGCCGAGGGCGGUAGCGCGUGCUGCGGGAGGUGUCUGGUACAGUCGGCCAGCGUCGCAGAACGGGCGGAGGGCACUGCCGGGAGGAGGGGACAGACGGCGCACGGCACGGUCGACGGCGUGUACGGGCGCUGUCAGGCACGGAGCACGGCGUCUGCGGCACAGGUACGGUUUCUGCGCACCUGCAGGGACACGCUGCACGGGGGGGGGGAAAUGAACAUAACUAAACUGGCAGCACCUACAUCAGAUAAAAAUGUUGAACCAGUUACUCCAACAGUAUCAAAAAAUUCAACAGCGACUGAAGAUCAGAACAGAGGAACAGAAAAUCGGAAGAAUCCUAGUGGGAAUUGA